AUGGAUUUAACAUAUGCUUCACCUUUCUUUCAUUUCGUUCUACUACUUACGUUCCUUUCUAUGCUACUAUCAUCAACAACAACCUUGGCCAGUGGAUUCACAAUCAAGGAAGCAACAGUGCAAGAUCUUCAACUAGCUUUCCAAAAAAACCAAUUAACAUCAAGACAUCUUGUUGAGUUCUACCUCAACCAAAUCAAUAUCCAAAAUCCUGUUGUCAGAGGGGUACUGGAGGUGAAUCCAGAUGCACUAGCACAAGCAGAUGCAGCUGACAAAGAGAGAAGGGAAAAGGCACCAGGGUCUUAUGCACUUCUUGGCUCAGUGGUGCCAAGAGAUGCAGGUGUGGUUACCAAGUUAAGGAAAGCUGGGGCUAUCAUAUUAGGGAAAGCCACAUUGAGUGAGUGGUCACAUUACAGGUCUGCUGCUGCUCCUAGUGGUUGGAGUGCCCGAGGUGGACAAGGAAAGAAUCCAUAUACAUUGGGUUUUCCCUGUGGUUCAAGUAGUGGAUCAGCUAUAUCUGUGGCGGCAAAUUUGGUGACUGUAUCACUUGGUACCGAAACCGAUGGAUCCAUUUUAUGUCCUUCAAAUUUUAACUCAGUAGUAGGCAUCAAACCCACAGUUGGUCUCACUAGUAGAGCAGGUGUAGUUCCAAUUAGUCCAAGGCAGGACACUAUUGGGCCAAUUUGCAGGACAGUAUCAGAUGCUGCUUAUGUUCUUGAAACCAUAGCUGGCAUUGAUACUGUUGAUAAAGCAACAAUUGAAGCAUCAAAGUAUAUCCCAAAAGGUGGCUAUGCUCAAUUUCUUAAGAAAGAUGGACUACGAGGGAAGAGAUUAGGAGUAGUGAGACUAUUCUACAAUUUCGGAAAUGAGACUUUUAUGCAUGAAACUUUCAAGUUACGCCUAAAAACAUUAAGGCAAAGAGGUGCAGUUUUGGUCGACAUUUUGAAGAUUGAUGACAUUGAUGACAUUAGCAUUGCUCAAAGUGAAAUUAUCGCUUUGAAUUUUGAAUUCAAAUUGUCUUUGAAUGCGUACCUGAAAGACUUAAUUGCUUCACCAGUGAAAAGCUUGGCAGGUGUGAUACACUUCAACAAGAAACACUCAAAAUUGGAGAAACUUGAUGAGUAUGGCCAAGAUCUUAUGCUUGCAGCUGAAAAGACAAAUGGAAUUGGGAAAGUUGAGGAACAAGCAUUAUUAAACAUGACAAGAUGGUCAGAAAAUGGGUUUGAGAAAGUGAUGAAAAGAAAUAAACUUGAUGCUGUGGUAACACCUUUUUCAUCCUUUAGUAGCGUACUUGCUAUUGGAGGUUAUCCUGGAGUGAGUGUUCCAGCAGGAUAUGAAAAGGGUAUACCAUUUGGAAUUUGCUUUGGAGGUUUAAAAGGUUCAGAGCCAAAGUUGAUCGAAAUUGCUUAUUCAUUUGAGCAAGCAACUUUGAUCAGAAAGCCACCACCCCUUAGGAAGUUGUAA